AUGGUGGAGGAGCCAGAGUGCGGGGCGCCGGGCGCCAGGGGAGCCCCCCCAGCCAUGGAUUGCAAAGACAGACCAGCUUUUCCAGUGAAGAAGUUAAUACAAGCUCGUCUGCCUUUCAAGCGCUUGAGUCUUGUCCCCAAGGAGAAACCCGACGACAGCUCAGAGGACGUGAGAAGCUCUCAGAGUGCUUCUGUGCAAAAUACAGCCCCCAGCUUGGAAACCUCUUUGGACAACUUGGAGAACCACUGCCAUACGGGUUCUGAUGCCGAAUUUAGACCAAAACUCAUAAACGGGAAGGGUCCGUUAGAUACCUUUAUAAGAAAAGCCAAAAGCAGUCCUGGCGAGACCGCAGUCCUAAUUGACUUGACGGAGGACUCGAGUGAUCAGCCGGACAGCCCUGUGGACCACGCUAAAUGCAGUUCUGAAGCCCCUCCCUCCAGGGAGGCUGUUGGUGGGGGUGGAGAGGAAGAUGAAGGUCAGAGGGGCCUGGUGAAGGCCAGUCAGGACGAUAAGUUGGCAUCUCCAGGAGAGAUCCUUCCCGACCUUCCGUGCCACACGGAGGAAAGUGCUGGCUCAGGAGGCACAGAGAGGCAUGGAGAUGGGCAGAAAGCCUCACCAGAACCCUGCCCUGAACUGACAGGUGGUUGGAGAACGUGCUGUGAAAGGGAACAGCAGGGUUGGAGCGAGGCGGGGGGCAUCCUAUUUAAAGGGAAGGUGCCCGUGGUGGUCUUGCAGGAUAUCCUGGCUGCGAAACCUCCUCGGGCCAGGUCUCCCCAGACGGCACCAUUGGACGAGAGCAUGGCCUGGGAGAGCGAGGAGCUGGCCUCUUGCCCCGAAGAAGACUCUGUCCUCAGCCAUUCUUCCCUGAGCUCAUCCUCGUCUACCAGCUCACCUGAGGGGCAGUCAGCUCCCAGAAAACAGCGCAGCAGUCCCAGCCCCUUACCUGCCUCCACACCUACCCGCAGAAUAACUAAGAAAUGCAUCAGAGGUUCUACAGAGAAGAACAAGCUAAGACUGCAAAGAGACAAAGAGCGCUUGGGCAAGCAACUGAGGUUACAAGCAGAAAAGGAAGAAAAGGAGAAAUUGAAAGAGGAGGCCAAGCGGGCCAAGGAGGAGGCCAGAAGGAAGAAGGAGGAGGAGAAGGAGCUGAAGGAGAAGGAGAGGCGGGAGAAAAGGGAAAAGGACGAGAAGGAGAAGGCGGAGAAGCAGAGGCUCAAGGAGGAGCGGCGCAAGGAGAGGCAGGAGGCGCUCGAGGCUAAACUCGAAGAGAAAAGGAAAAAAGAGGAGGAGAAACGGUUAAAAGAAGAAGAGAAGCGCAUUAAAGCUGAGAAGGCUGAGAUCACGCGGUUCUUCCAGAAGCCAAAGACUCCACAAGCCCCCAAGACCCUGGCCGGCUCCUGUGGCAAGUUUGCCCCGUUUGAGAUUAAAGAGCACAUGGUUCUCGCCCCGCUGUGCCGCACGGCCUUCCAUCAGGACCUCUGUGACCAGUUAGACCAGCUUCUCCAGCAGCAGAGUGGCAGCUUCUCCUUCCUGCAAGAUCUGAAGGGCCGGCGGCCCCUCCAAUCCGGGCCCACCAUUGUUUGUAACCGAAAUGCGGACAUCUUCAACAGCGACGUGGUGAUCGUGGAGAGCGGCAAAGCUGACGGCGUUCCCGAAAGGAAGGCGUUGGGCAGGAUGAAGCUGCUGCAGUUUUCUGAGAACCACCGACCAGCGUACUGGGGCACGUGGAAUAAGAAGACAGCAGUCAUCCGUCCGAGGAACCCCUGGGCCCAGGACCGGAAACUCCUUGACUAUGAGGUGGACAGUGAUGACGAGUGGGAAGAGGAGGAACCGGGGGAGUCCCUCUCCCACAGUGAGGGGGACGAUGAUGACGAGGUGGGCGAGGAUGAAGAUGAGGAUGAUGGCUUUUUUGUGCCCCACGGGUACCUGUCCGAGGACGAAGGUGUGACCGAGGAGUGUGCCGACCCCGAGAACCACAAGGUUCGCCAGAAGCUGAAGGCCAAGGAGUGGGACGAGCUUCUAGCCAAGGGGAAGCGGUUCCGCGUCCUCCAGCCCGUGAAGAUCGGCUGCGUCUGGGCGGCCGAGAGGGAUGGCUGCGCUGGCGCCGACCUAAAGGUGCUGCAGCAGUUCACGGCCUGCCUCCUGGACACGGCGCCCCCCGAGGAGGAGCAGACGCCCAAGGCCUCCAGGAGGGAGAAGAGGGACCAGGAGAUCCUCGCCCAGCUGCUCCCGCUGCUGCAUGGCAACGUGAACGGGAGCAAGGUCAUCAUCCGUGAGUUUCAGGAGUGCUGCCGCCAAGGCCUGCUCACCAGGGACGCUGGCAGCCCCGAGAGCAGCUCCGCCAGCCCCCCGAGCCCCGGCUCUUCCCGCCCGCAGACCCCCACCGCCGGCGAGGACACCGCUGUUCCGUCCAAGGCCAGGCUCAAGCGGAUCAUUUCCGAGAACUCAGUGUACGAGAAGCGGCCUGACUUCAGGAUGUGCUGGUACGUCCACCCACAGGUGCUCAAGAGCUUCGACCAGGAGCACCUGCCCGUGCCCUGCCAGUGGAACUACGUGACUGCGGUGCCCUCGGCCGCUCGGGAGGACAGUGGCAGCGCCCCCGCCGUGGGGCCCAGCCCGGCCACGCCGCUCUCUCUGAAGAGGAAGUCGGCAGGCAGCAUGCGCAUCACGCAGUUCAUGAAGAAGCGCAGGCACGACGGGCAGGUUGGAGCUGAGGACGUGGAUGGCUUCCAGGCGGACACGGAGGAGGAAGAGGAGGAGGAGAGCGACUAUGUGAUGGUGGACAUCCCGGACAUUGGGGAGGCCCAGACCCCAUGUGGCACCUCCUCGGGAGCCGCGGGGUCAGUGGGAGUGGACACCUGCGAGGGCCCGCUGCCUGUGAGCGCGCUCCUCCUGUCCUGAGCGCCCACGGCCACCGUCUGGUGCGUCCUCAGCUGUGCAUCGGAUACUUGAAAGUACUGC